AGAGUAAUCUCCCGAUUUCAACAGGCAAGGCUGCCGUCAUUCAUUCUUCAGCCGAAUAAAUAUCGUGACUACCCAACAGUCUAUCACCACGCUGUUACUUGGAGCCAUACACUAAGGCUUUUCCCUGUAUGUAAAAAUCCAAAAGAUGGCCUCUUUGGAAGAUGUCAUCCACAGGCAGAUUUCCGGUUUCCUGGGUCACCGCUCAAAUAUGCGCGACUUGCAAAUGCGUGUGGCCUUCCGGAUGAGCUUGCCUCCACUUCCCGAAAGAUACGCGCAUUGGGUUGUUCUUAAGGCUGACUGCUUUUUCUAGAGGUUCUUUUUCAGAGUUGUAGCUCUAGUUACUUUGGAGCCAUGCUUCUCGGCGUUGCCUUUGGCGAUACAAGUUCUUGUUUGAGAUUAGAGUAUUUGCGCUUUAAGCACCCAUUGUGACAGGUAUGAGCUUCCUUUGAGGACCCUCCUAAUCAUCAGUGCUACGACUACCAGCAGGAUCGGUUCGAAGUCCCGCAACUACAUCAACCGGCAGACCCAAGGGCCUUUGCGGAGGCGGUCGCCGCAGGAAUUGCGGCGUUAACAAAAGAACCUGCUGAACAGAUGACUUCGAGAAAGAAGCCUGAUCAAGAAGGUGGACAACGCGCGUCUUCCUCCUCGUCUCCUGAGGCAACGGCUGAGAAGAACAUCCUACCGUCAAAAACAAGCGCGCUAAUGGCAGAAUCGGACACUACCGCAAGUUCAGGGGCAGAUGGUGGCGUGGGAGCGAUUCGCAAGAAAAAAAAGUUUGAUUAUGGCCGACUGUUCUCCUCGCGAGAAUCACAACAAAAGAAACGGGCUCGAUCUUCAGACGCAAGGCAAGCUAAGGGCGACACUGAGAGGCCUAGAGGAGACACUGAAAUAAAAGCGGACAAUGGCAAAGCUGUAGACAACCCUGAAAAAGUCUCUUCUUCUGGCGGAUUUCGUAAGGGUUUUCUGCUGCCUCAAACGCCCACUUGUGGUAGUCGCACUGAUUCUGAUGGGUUGAAAAAUAGAGAUCAUGGUAGUGCGCGUUGUUCUUUGACGCCUGCCUCUGCUUCUCGAGAUGCUGGUCGUGCAUCAACAUCAACUGCAGACAUGUUUCACACACCUAUGUCCAGUUGCUCCUGCGACGAUGGCGAUGACGAGCAGCAGGGCCCGACGAAGCGACUACGCCAGGAUAAUGGUAGCUGCGCUACUUCAUUUUCCAGUUCUAAUGGAGGCGCUAGUGAUGCUGACGAUGUUGUGAAGUCUUCCGCAUAUGAUUGUCAUACUCCACACGACAUCAAAGACAAACCAGAAGGUUCAUCCGAGCGCCAACAACAGCAGCAGCAGCAGCAGCCGACCAACGUGUUCAAUUUCAACAGUAUUCACGUAGCACAUGCUCCAGGUAUAACAGCUGGGCCCUUGGCUCACCAUUUCUGCCCAGGCGACAGAAACAUGAACAACCUCUUCUCUCCAUAUGGUACUUGUGGUGCUGGUGCGAUUCCAUGGCAAUGGCUACGACCUCCACAGAGUGUUUUUGUGUUGUAUCAGUGCCCGCAACUUCUCCCACAAGGGCUUUAUCCACGAGUGGAAGACAUGACGGAAAUCAUUUCUCUCAAGUGUCUCGAAACACUGGCGCGUUUUUUGGGUGCAAGGGUCACGACCGAUUUGGUUUUGAGGCUACUUCCUUCAGAAAAUCAAACUCAUUUCGUUUUCGAAUCGGCGUACCUACUAACUUGAUCAUAGAAGCCAGCGGAGCUUCUAUCAUGAAAGUUUUUUCAGUCCUCCGUGUGAGUUCAAAAGAACAGAUUUGGCUUUAAAGGAAAUGACCUUGCUUGCUCUAACUUUUCCCCUGCAUCGGGAAAACGAAGCUCGGGCGGCGGCUAAUAACGCAGUCCCUGAAGAACAACGGCAAAAUGUUCAAUUAUGGUAGUGAGAAAGUAAGAAAUCAAAUUCAAAUUCAUAGGAGCUGUUGCAGUUGUACUUGACUUUAACAUAUCGUGCUCUCCCUGUACCACUAGUAGAAAGGCUUCGCUUGAUGAUGUACAGUGAUAAGUUUGCUUUCAUAUUUGCCGCUUCCCGUCGUACACUUGGGCAUGGAGGUCGCGCUCUUUACGGUGCAGAAGCCGAAAAAGAUUCUCUCGAUUCAUCGCUGCUCUCAGCAGCUGAUGAAAGGCUCGGACGAAACUCUCAAUAUUCUGAGUCAUUGGCUCAAAAUGAUAGAGGCAACGGUGACAAUAAAUACUGAGCCCUUUGGUACACCACCGAAUAGAGAACAGCAAGCUGCAGCAGCUGGAGGAGGUGGUGCUGCUAGAGGACAAUAA